ACUAUGCAGCGAUCCUCGCCUUGAUUUUUCCCCCCUUUAUAUGAAUUGAAGAAUUUCGCGCAGUGAAGAGUCUAUUUCAAGGCCAAUUUGUUGCAGGAAUUGUAGCGUUUACAAGGAUCUAGUACCCCUUUAUGCCAUGUUAAAUGACAUCACGAUAAUGCAAUGCGGGGUUCGAAUGUCACAGACCUCGACAUGAAUAAUUGUCCACGAUACUUUUUCUUCCUACAAUAAACGAAGUUGUAGAUUUCAAUCUUCAAUUGAGUACGAUGACGAUUUUAUCUAUUUGGAUUUACUCUUUCCUGUUGGCUACGCUAGCUGGAGCCACUGAGCACGAGCAGAUUGUCAUCUCGCCUUUCAAACCACACCUGCUGGACUCAGAUGUGAACGAGGUCCAACGUGAGUUGGAAAAGGCCGAGAUCUUCCCAACAGUCAUCGAUAAAUUCCUCCCGUCGUUUCUCCUAAAUGCUGAAUGGUCGUCUGGAGAACGGACGGAACUUGGAAAUACCGUAAAGGUAGACAAAGUUCAGAACGAACCAACCAUCACUGUACGUAGAGGCGGCUCUGCUUCUUCGUCAGGGGUUAGGGGGAACUCCAACGUGACAUAUACCAUCAUUAUUACCGACCCGGACGCCCCGUCCCGGGAAAACCCAGAGUGGUCCGAGUUCUGCCACUUCAUCGCUACUGAUGUGGAGAUCUCAUCGUCAGAAACCUCUGCUGCCGUGCGAUCAUCUAGUUUGAAGGAUAUCGUGCCGUAUAAACCGCCAGGACCGCCUCCUAAGACGGGAAAGCAUAGAUAUGUCUUCUUACUUCUUGCACCUGUGAAUGGCACUACGGGUUCGUUAGACCUAAGUAAGCCGAGCGACAGGAAGCAUUGGGGCACAGGAAAGGCGAGACAUGGGGUAAGGGACUGGGCGGAGGAAAAUGGGCUGGAACCUGUGGCAGCGAACUUUGUCUACGCUCAGAAUGAGGAACAAUAGUGUUCAUAACUCAUAGGAGGAACUUGAGAACCUCGCUAUUGUGGAAUCUACGGAAGGGGUUUAAAUACGAAUAAAGAAUUCAAUUGCAGCGCCAAGAAGCAUUCCUCUUUUAAGAUUUUCGCACCAAAGUUACCCUUGUGUUCGCUCCAAUUGUCAAUCUUUAUUUCACCACAAUUAUCAUGAAGUCAUGGCUUAAGAAAAGUCCGAAUUCAUAAUCUAAAUAACUUCGUUUCUAGGAUGUCUCAAGUAUCUAGGUUAGGUAUACAGUGUGAACUUAUCCCGAUUGGAAUCCUGGAGUGAUAGCACAAAAUCCUUCCUGCUCAUCGAUGAUCUUAUCCUUACCGCGCGCGCUGUAAAUAUCGCUCGACUCGCUCCGGCACGCGGCGGCGGCGCUGUCGCUGGCCUCGUCGGGACGGCAUACCACGCACCAUCACCACCACCCCUACGACCAGGGGAGCGCACGGCGCUCCGGCGAGGAGGCGUCAGGCG